GUUCCUUCUACCACUUACCAUUUUCUCAUCAUGUCUCGUUACCGGGACAUUGUAUCUCAUACUAUUCUUCUUUUAGUAGCUUUUUUGUCACUGACGACUUUCACGUUGGCAUCUUCUCCUGCCUCAUUUUGCAAAUGCACUUGCUUCUCUAACAGCACCAUCAUUCCGCUCGAUCCUGCGAAACCAGAGACUACCUCUCUAGCCAGCGUUUUCCAUCUCCUCAGCCGUAGUGACUUCACCGAUCAUCACGAUAACACAAAUGAAAGACGAGCCAGCAAAUAUCGCUCCCUUAGCUGCAACGAUUGCAAUCGAAAGUUUUGUCUUGAUUAUGACUUGCCCACGUGUAAAGAUGCGAAAGAGGAGGAUGUUUUUACUACAUGUUUCCAGAGGGACUCUAGGAAAGACGAAGCCAUAGUGUUCAUUUUUAUAAUUGCUACAAGCGGACUGCUAGCAUGGGCUGUCUUCAAACCAUGGCUACAAAAAUAUAUCGAGGCAGCAAGGGAACGGCGGUCAUACAUCCCUGUAUCUGAGAAUACAGACCGAUAAUGCUGUCCUGCUACCAAACCUCUUCCAGAUACCCAUAAUGAGUAGCUACCUUCUACGGAGCACUUCAAGACUCACUGUAUAUUUCUAUAUUCAUAGUUACGAAAUUUACGCUUGCAGAUAUGCCUUACAACGCCGCUUUAAAGACUCAAAAUAGCUAUGGUAGUGGCUUCUAUGCGACAUCUACAAAUUAGCAGGUCUUAUCAGCAGAAGUCAUGACAUUCUUCGGUAACGUAAACCAUGGCUUGGAACCCAGGCAUGCUCAGAUAUCUGCUUUAAAUGAUAAAUAAGCCGAUGGACUAGUUCAGAGCAAGUUCCUAUGCUACUACCUAUGUACAUUAUUGACACAGCGUCAGCUAAGUCAUAUUAAUAUAUCUAAUUUUACGCAGCAGCUGCAUGUCAAAAGUGCAUGAAAC